GUUUUAUCCCUCCAACUAAAGGAACUGCAAUCAUCAAUGGUUACGACAUAUGUGAAAAUAUAGCAGGUGUGCGGAAAAGUUUAAGUCUGUGUCCACAGCAUAAUAUCUUGUUUGAUGUAUUAACGGUCAAGGAACAUCUAUGGUUCUUUGCACGA